GCGGUUAACCGCCGGUAGCCCCUCAUGAAACAUCCUCCGGUCGUCGGGUCCUUGUCAGACGAGCCCGGAACUGCUCAUAACACAGGCUCACGCUGCUGUGUUGUGCAGCAGGACAAACCCAGGUAGCGUGUGUGGAGCAGGUAGGGUGAUUGUCAGACAUGGAGCGCAUCAUGGGAGGAGGAGUGCUUCAGAUGAUCUUAGCAAGUGCGGGACUCUUGCUUCUUUAUCGGAUACUUGUCCGCCUCAGAUCAGGAGCUGCUCUGCAGGAUGCUGUGGUGGUCAUCACAGGGGCCAGCUCUGGACUGGGGAAAGAGUGUGCACGGGUCUUUCACGCUGCAGGUGCACGGCUUGUGCUGUGUGGACGAGAUGCACGCCGCCUGCAGCAGGUGGUCCAGGAGCUUACAGCAAGUUCAACAGGCUCGCAGCGGCAGACUUACACUCCCAGCACUGUCAUCUUCGACCUGUCUGACACAAACACAGUGGAAAGAGCUGCAGAGGAGAUCCUGAAAUGUUACGGCCAAGUGGAUGUCCUCAUCAAUAACGCUGGAAUCAGUUAUCGUGGCAACAUACUGGAUACCCACCUGUCAGUUCAGCGGGAUGUUAUGGAAACAAAUUACUUUGGGCCCAUUGCUCUUACUCAAGCUCUCCUGCCCUCCAUGGUUCAACGGCGCAGUGGCCACAUCGUUGUCAUCAGCAGUGUCCAGGGCAAGAUAGCCAUUCCUUACAGAUCAGCUUAUGCAGCCUCUAAGCACGCCACCCAGGCCUACUUCGACUGCUUACGCGCCGAGAUUGAGCGCUACGGGAUUCCAGUAACUGUGAUCAGUCCUGGGUACAUCCGAACCAGCCUGUCGGUCAAUGCUGUCACAGGAGACGGCUCUAAGUAUGGAGUUUUGGAUAAAACCACAGCAAUGGGUCGGGACCCCGGGCAUGUGGCUCAGGCUGUUCUGAAGGCUGUCCGUCAGAGGAGCAAAGACGUUAUUUUGGCAGGACCUCUGCCCCAUCUGGCCAUCUACCUUCGUACACUGUGGCCUGCGCUCUUCUUCAAACUCAUGUCCUCUCGCGCUCGCAAGGAGCAGAAACCUAAAGAUGAGUGAUGCAGCAGCUGGUGAGGACCCACGAGGCUCACAUGGACCAAAGCAUAAAACUGACUGCUUCACAUGGAGGCCAAAUGGACAGGAGGUGUGAAUACAUGCAACUCUUCAGUAACACAAAUUAGACACCUGUAUGUUGUAACAGCACCUAUGAGUGUUUUCUAUUGUUUUGACCAAUGUUUGUGAUUGAACAGGUUAGCAAGACAUGUUGUUCAGCCAUUUCAAACUUUAUUUUUUAACUUUAUUUUCAAAAUCACCUUUAGAAACUGUACAUUACUAACAAGACUCAAAGCUGUGCAGUAAAGACGUAAGCAUGUGA